AUGUCAGAGGAAAUAACGGCUGAUAGUGUUUCAAAGCAGCAGCCAGUCGACAAUAGCCAGAAGCUAAUCCUCAAUCUUUUGGGGAGUGGAAAAUCUGCUGAUGGGCUGUUAUGGAGCAACAAAACGAUUUCUACAGAUGUUUUAGCUGCUAUUACAGUUAUCUGGUCUCCAUCUGAACCCCCUCAUCUUGUUCUACCUGAUGAAUUAUUUGUCAACAUUGCCAAGUCAGUUGGUGUUGUGAUCAACCUAGCUUUCGGGUCUUUUCAAGAUGUGGCAUGUAGAGGAAAUAUUAAGCAGUUCCUAGGGCUUGAAGUUGCUUUACCAAACAUGCAGUGUUUUCAUGAUGUUAAGAUAUCAAUGUUGAGAAUAUACUAUUACAAGAGUGUCAUCUUUGCCUGUAACUUCAUGGAGGUAACUGAAUUGACCCUUGGGAAAUCCCUCCUGGUUGUAGCAAGCCUGUGGGCUGCUGCUGUGAUUGCAAGAUGGUGCAACUUUUUGACUGUCCUGUAUAUUGGUUUUGUUGCUUCACACACACUGCCAGUUCUGUACGAGAGGAAUAAAGACCAGGUCGACAGCUUUGUAUACAAUGUCCUCAGCAAAAUUUCCAAAGGAAACAAGCAUACAUAG